GUGUGCGUGUUUGGAAAUUCCAGGGAAUUCUGGAAUUGUUGGUUGUAAAAAGUGGGAAUUAUUAAACAAUUACGUGCGAUUCGAGCCGCCGUCGAUGAUGAACGAGGAAUCCCAAGUUUGGACGGACGAUCAAUCGAACGAAUCGUCCGAUUGCAGUGAUAGCAGUUGCGAUUCGCGAACCCACGAAUGGAGUCCACACAUCGCCAAUAAUUUCUUGUUCUUCGUCAAAUUCGAUAUCCACUGCCACUCCAAGCCGCUCGUUUUCGACGACGACCUGUUUUUCCGCAAUGAAUAUCGCCGGCUAUCGAUCCGGAAGAAGGAAAGCAUCCUGUCCCGAUUCGGACAACGGGACAAAAGCAAGCACAAGCUGUUCCGGGUAAGCGUAAUUGAUUCGUCCAAACGAGAGCAGAUAAAUGGAAUCCAGAAGGAUGUGAUCAUCAGCAUCGCGCCGAAGAAAAGUGUAUCCUUGAAGGAGGUGUUGCCGCUGACCGACACGAUUCUUGGAUUGACCACCAGUCUUUUCCCCGACGGACGUAAGCUGAUGGUGGAUAAAGUUCGUGAUUACUCGGUUUUUGCGAAAGGCAAGCUGGUCAAAUCCAAGGACUGGAUCAAAUCUAUCGACGCAGAACCGGUAACCGUGGACAAUUUUGAAUCUCUGCUCGAGGGCUCCACCAAAAUCCCGACGAUCGUCAAAAUGUCCUUCUUCGAAAUGAUCGAACCCGACAUGAGCAAUUCCAUCGAAAUCAAAAUCACCAACUUCAUGGACUUGAUACAGAGCCAGGAAACGCUGUUCGACAAGGAGGAUAUCCAAACGAUGAGCAAUAACGAUCUCAUUUUCAGCAUGAUCUACAUUUCCAAGGAGUACACACAGAAUGACGAACUCGAUGUAAAAUUCUGCUAUCCUACGCGGGAGAACAACUGCCUGUUCAGUUCGAGAGGCAGCUUCGUAACGCUACAAUCCAUAUUCUUGCAUUCGUUCGAGCAGCGAUCAGUCAUGACUAAUUUAAAAGUUAAAAACGUAUUAUACUAUACAACCUAUACAAUGGUAGACGAUGGCAUUUUAUUGUUGGGCUUCAACUCCAAGUACUCGUCUGCGUUUGCCGUCAAACAGAAGACUGAACAGGUUUGUCGUCUUUUAGCUGCGCUCUACCAUCGAGGAGCGAAAAUGUUCGAUAAACCCAUAGAACAGCAAACCGAACUGAUGCAGCUUUGCGAAAUGAUACGCCACUCGAUCAAAGUAAGUCGACAUUCCGACCGGUUCGAGAAAACGUUCCUGCAGGCUCACUUUGUGCCACUGCCGAAGGAAAUCCAAUUGCGAAUUGACGACGCGCUAGGCGAAUUGGAGGCCAUGGAUUACCGCAAUUGGAAUGACGAUUUUGUUGAUCUCUUCUGUAUGAUGACCGUCAUCGGAUGUGCCUUGUAUUACAAACGACAUCUUGUCUGUACUCAUCUGAGCGGCAACUACAUCGUAGACGUAGAAACCAUUUUGAACAAUUUGGGAAUAUUUGAAAUACUCACUAUGACCGAUGUGAAAAAUAUGGCUUUCUGGAGAAAGUUCUACCCAAAGCAGUAUUGCGAAGAGGGCUUCCAUGAAAAAAAUGACGCAUAUAUCAUGUUCGUGUCUAUCGGUAGCCUCCUAAUGGUAGUAAUUUUGGAAGUUCCCAUCAACACAACGCAUAAUAAGUCCUUUUCGCGUUACAUCGAGGAGAUACAGGACAUGCUGAGCUACUUUAAAUCGGCUGGCAUCGAGCAACUGAUACGCAUCUGGAUUGAUUCAAAUAGGCGCCCGCAAUGUAUAUCCUCGUGUGUGGUAAAUCCGGAACAAUUGACAAACCAACAGCAGGCAGGCGUUCACGACGAGCGUCCUCAAAUGGCAAGAAGCCAUGAUGAAGAAUCGAAUGCGUCCAGCUCAAUCAAAAAUCAAACUGUCCGCGAAGAAACCGGUCCGGAGCACGACGAUGAUGAAGAUUCUGACUGGGGCCAAAGCGUGGACAGCAGCCAACAAAGCAGUACCUUCGAUAUAACCGAUUUAUCCUGUGAGAAUCGUUGUAAAGAAUUUUCGGAACUGGUCCCCACCCAACUUACGAGCGGUCACGAAAAUCUUCUCUAUUGCUAUGUGCAACUGGAGAUUGGUGAUGGCUAUUUCCUAGCACCAACGUUCAACAAUGUCACAACAAUGAAGAACGACAUUGUGAUGAACUUGUUCCGAAAAACUUGUACUCUCAUUCAUGCAACAUUCGAGAAUACUGGAAAGUUCCGAACGCUCUUGUUCAACGAAUCAAGUAAACUUAACAGUCAUCGUUCUCUGGUACCCAUCAAAGAACAAGGAAUGCUCAUGUCGGUCCCAAAGGAUCAAAACUCGGGCGAACGACUAGACUUUUGGGUUGUGGGGAGAUUAUGGAAUAAUCCUGCCAAGGAACUAUAUGUUUGCUAUAGCAAUGAUGCACCGCAAAAUAUGGUAGAACUUGCGUUUCGCAUAUGUUUGACCUGUGCUGGUUAGAUCGGCUAGUGACCGUGUGAUUAUUUUCCUGAUGCAAUCGAGGCUGGAAUUAUACGAACUGAAUAUUUAUACACUAAGCACUAAGAUAACCUUUUUUAACAUAUAUAAGAACGGGCAAGCCGUAUGUUUAACGCACUAAGUGAACUAGAUGCAAUAAAACAAGGAUAUUCUUGCUGGAUA